UUUCAUUAUAAAUAGACGUUGAUCUUUGGCUUAUUUCUUCACACAACACAUACAUCUAUACAUUGAAAACAAAAUAGUAAUAAUCAUCAUGGCUAAGUUUGCUUCCAUCAUCACCCUUAUCUUCGCUGCUCUUGUUCUCUUUGCUGCUUUCGACGCACCGGCAAUGGUGGAAGCACAGAAGUUGUGCGAGAAGCCAAGUGGGACAUGGUCAGGGGUUUGCGGAAACAGUAAUGCAUGCAAGAAUCAGUGCAUUAACCUUGAAGGAGCCAAACAUGGAUCAUGCAACUAUGUCUUCCCAGCACACAAGUGUAUCUGUUACGUCCCAUGUUAAAUCUACCAAUAAUCUUUGGUGCUAAAUCGUGUGUAUUUUACAUAAAAUAAGUCUCUGUCACUCUAUGAGUAACUUUAUGACAUGCAUAUUUCUGUUUUAAUGUUUAUUUUCCCGUUGUUGUUACAAUAAUAUAAAAAUAAUUUAUGUACGACGUAAGACUACUUCCAUAUUUUGUCUACAACAGGACCACUGAAUCUUUAUUCUUCUUCUUCUUUGUUCAUGUCCCACAUGUUUCUUUCAAACUCUGA